CGGAUCCACACGCCCUCCCCUCCUACCCUGUCCCCUCCCUCCCUUCCUCUCCGUCCCCUCUGACGUCUGGAGCUGGCAGCCCGGCCGGUUCCGCAUUCCCGACCCCUCCCCGCCGCCCAGGGGCCGCUAUAUAGCCGGGGCUGAUGCAACCCGUCCCGCCGCCCGCCACAGCCUGCGGACGCGAGGGACGCUCGGCGGCGCGACGGGGGGCGCUGGCGGCGGCGGCGGGGCUGGCGCCGCGGCGGCUCCCGGGCCGGGACGGGCCUGGGCACCGGGCGGAGCUCGGCGGCCGCCGGGAGGCAGCGGCGCGGCGUGGGCACGGCGCCGGCAGCCGGGCCCCGGGGGCGCCGCCUCCGCCCGCGGCUUCUGCACGGCUGGCUGGCCGCGUCUCCUGCUAUGAUGCCUGGGCAGAUCCCGGACCCUUCCGUGACUGCGGGCUCACUGCCGGGGCUCGGCCCCCUCACCGGACUCCCCAGCUCGGCCCUGACUGCAGAGGAGCUGAAAUACGCCGACAUCCGCAACAUUGGGGCCAUGAUCGCCCCUUUGCACUUCCUGGAGGUGAAGCUGGGCAAGAGACCCCAACCCGUGAAAAGUGAGCUUGACGAGGAAGAGGAGCGGAGGAAAAGGCGCCGGGAGAAGAAUAAGGUGGCAGCCGCCCGCUGCCGGAACAAGAAGAAGGAGCGGACGGAGUUCCUGCAGCGGGAAUCCGAGCGGCUGGAACUCAUGAACGCCGAGCUGAAGACCCAGAUCGAAGAGCUGAAGCAGGAGCGGCAGCAGCUCAUCCUGAUGCUGAACCGGCAUCGGCCCACCUGCAUCGUGCGGACCGACAGCGUGAAGACGCCCGAGGCCGAGGGCAACCCGCUGCUGGAGCAGCUGGAGGAGAAGUGAGCAUGGGCGGGGAGGACGCCGAGGAGGAGGAGGAGAGCGGGAGUUAGGCCGGCGGGCUCCCCCGCGCCUGCAGAGACUCCUACCAGCCUCGCCGGGCUCUCUCGAGACACUCCCGUCAGCUGACACCCGCCCCAGCCCCCGCCCCCGGACGACCAAGCGCUGAGACCAAAGUAGACUCCUGGGGGUGCACGGGGCGGGGCGGGGGGCGCGUGGGGAGGCGGUCCAGCCAGGCCCGGCUUGGAGGAGCCAGGACAGAGGCACCCAGGGGCCCAGAGAGAGAGAGAGACACCUGCCUCCCCUCCAGGGUGCCCACCCGAGGCACCCCCAGCAGCCGAGAGAAGCCAUGAGUCACAACCAAAACGCAGCGGGGACGGAACUCAGCCCCAGGGCAGUCGGCCUCUCCCCCCCCCAACUACCCCCGCCCCCGGGGCCUGACGGAGGCCGGAGAGGGGUGUGAUUGUGGGGGGGGCGCGGAGCACCCUCGCCGGCCUGCGGGGCCUGCUGCGGGCAGGAGGCGCGGGCGCCCUUCCAAAGCACAUACUCUCUGAAUGUUUACAGGCUGUCCCGGGGGGCUUCCAACUGCACAUGGUUUUUAUACUUUCUUUUUUUUUUUUUUAAUAUUUUUUACAAAAAAAAAAAGAUUUUAUACAAGCAAUAUAUAUAUGGAUUUCUAUAAUCACGCGAUGUGAUACAGUAUAAAUAUGCUAUGGUUGGUUUGUUACGAACAGAUACCCAGCAGUGGCAGCCGCUGUGUGUAACCCUCAGUACUGUAGUCUCUGGGUGCGGGGGGCCGGGGUGGGGGUGGGGUGCAUUUCCAUCCUGGCAAGCCCUUCAUAGUACUCGGUUCCGUAUCGCUCAGUAAAUGUUACUCUUACUUACCCAGCCGCCUCUUGUGGUGUCUGCCUGGGGUGAGGGGUGAAGGGCUCCAGGGCCCCCUGGUGGAGCCUGUUGGCUGUGAACUCUCACGUCAGUGCCCUCCACGUCCCCCCUCCCUGGGUCCCGGAAGUCGUUUUGUGUCCAUUUUACAGAUGAGGAAGUUGAGGCCCAGAGAUAAUCAGGAGGCCUGUACUUGUGGGCUGGAGAGAUCAUACAGCCGCUAGAGGACUGGCCUUGCACACAGCCGACCCUGGAUUUGAUUCUCAGAAUCCCAUGUGGUCCCUUGAGUAUUGCUAGGAAUAAUUCCUGAGUGCAGAGCCAGGAGUAUCCCGUGAGCAUCACCAGGUGUGGACACCCCCCCCCCCGAAAAAAGAAAUCUGCUCUAUUAUUUUUUAAAAUAAAGAAUUUCACUAUAUACUUCCUGUACUCCCUCUGCUGUUUCCUAGCAGGCCUCCGGGGGCUAAACCUGUAGCCUGUGCUGUAAACUUAGGUGUGGCCAGUGUGGACAUUCCUGUUUACUCCCCCCCAGCAGGAGAGGCGCACCAUUGUCCCCAUUUACCAUGACUUCGCUGAGUAAGUGACUUGUCCGAGGUCACCAGCACGCAAGGGGUGAGCUGGUGUUUGUCCAUAUUUUUAACUUUUCAGGUUCAGGCAACAUGGUUCUACCAUUAGUGUUGGCACUUGUGGUCCUGAUGCACAAACUUGCUGCACACUCCCCCCCUCUAAAAGUGCCCAGAACCCUCCAUCAGUGAGUGUCCUUUGUCACCUCUCCCCUGCCUCUUCCUUCCCCCGAUUUGUAAUCUCAGUUUUAUAACCCAAGCCAACUCUUCGCUCCAUACGGCCUGUGCCCUUGUUUAUUUCUCUGUGUGCACGGAGAACAUUUCAUCUUGCAGUUAUAGAGUGUUCCACUGUGUAUAUAUUCCACAACUUUUUUGUGGGGAGGUGGGUUUCUGGGUCACACCCGGCACUGCUCAGGGCUUACUAUGGCUCCAGCCCCUAUAUUGCAUCACUUGUUAUCCAUUCAUCCAUCAUUCGACACCUGGGUUACUUCAAUGCCCUUGCUAUUGUGUUCAGCACUGCAGUGAACAUGCGUGUAUCAUUUUGAAUUAAUGUCUUUGGGGCGGGGGCAGAUGCCAAGAGGUAGAAUCACUGGGUCAUAGGGGAUCUCCGUCUUACUUUUUUGAGUAAUCAGCACACUGUUUUCCACAGAGGCUAAACCAGAGAGUUUUUCCACCAGCAGUGAAUAAAGGUUCCCUUUCAUCACAUCCUUAUCAACAUCGGUCAGUUUGUCUUUGUUUCGGGGCCACGCCUGGCAGUGCUCAGGGCCUACUACUGACUGUGUCAGGAAUCACUGCUGGUGGUACUAGGGGGACCAGGGAUUGAACCUGGGUCGGCCAAGUGCAAGUCAAAUAUAUCCACUGUACUAUUGCUCUGGUCCUGUUUUUUGAUACAGGCCAUUUUUACUGCUGUGACAUUCUUCAUGAUUGUUUCGUUUUUCAUUUCACUGCUACUAAGUGGUGAACUUCUUUUUCAUAUGUCCCCCAGAGGUAAGUAUAUGUCCUCCUUUUUCCAUUUUUUGAUGGGGUUAUUGUGGGUUUUAUUUUUUUGUCAUUCUUAAACUUUGAGAGUGCUUUAUAUACCUCGAAUAUUAGCCCUUUAUCUGGUGCGUGUCGUGCAAAUAUUUUCUCCCAGUCAGUACGGUGGGCAGUAAAACUCAAGUUUCUUUUGCCAAAUUAAAUUUUUUAAUUUGCCAGAGUCCCAUUUGUUCUUGGGGUUACCUUUGUCCAUGGAGUCCACUUACUGAAGAUGCCUCUUAUUUUCAUAUCCUCCAGAGUUCUGCCUGUGUUUUUCCGAAUGUGUUUGAUGGACUCUGGUCUGUUCUGGAGAUCUCGGAUGAGUUUUGUGAAUGGUGUGAUAGGGACCCAGUUUCUUUUUUGUCAUUUGUGUGUUUGCAAGUGGCUGGUUAGUUUUCCCACCCCUACUGUUGAAGGGGCCGCCCUCGGCCCCCCGUGAGGCACCCAGCUCCUCUGUCCUAGAUUAACUGCUCUGUUAAUCUGAGGCCUUAUCUCAGGGCAGAGCCAGUGUUUGAACUCAGCUCCCAAGCUCCCUGUGUCGUGUUGUCCCCUGCUGGCUGUGUGUCUGUCCCUCGGCUGAGGGCCCGCCUCCCGAGGCCCCUGCAAACAGAGCUACCUUUUGGGGGUGAGUCAGAGAAGGUUCUAGGCUGACCCCACGGUGAAUGGGUGGUUUGGGCAAACUCGCUGGCCAGGUGUGAGGGUGCAGGUCACCGUGGCCCGCCCCUGUCCCUCCACAGCUGAGCUACUUUCAAAGGGGGGGACGGCCCCCUGCGGCACGGUCGGUGGCUAGCUUGUUCUGGACACGAAGGUCCACUGGGCGCUUUCCCGCCUGUGGUGUGCUUGGCUGUCACAGCCCUGGAGGUGGGCGGGCUGGCCGGCCAUCCCCCCUCCGCUGUGGACAGCGCGAAGGGCACCCCGCUCAGAGUGAGGCACAACGAGGGGCUGCCCUGGCCCUCCUGCCUGCCCGCCGACUGCCUGUGCGGCCCCUUCGUUCCAGGGACAGAUGCCGAUGGGUGACGAGGAGGCUCCACGGCUAGCGGGCGCCUUUGGGGACAGGCAGGGACCAGAACAGUUCGCGCUCAGCCACCGGUUGCUGGUCGGUCCCAAGCCUCCCACCCCACAGGUGGCCUGUGACUCCCGCAGAUCCCCCAGCCUGUGAGCUGGACCCGCUCAGCGCCGGGGCGGGCAGCAGCACCGUGCCCCGAGCGCAGACCCGGCGGCCUUUGACCUCUGAGCAACGCGAGAAAAGCAAAGAUGUGAAUUUCCCAGGACCCCUGGAGUGACCCCAUGGGCCAGUCUGCAGGGCCAGCAUGCCUCCGGGUGGUUCCUUGGCGAACUGUGAACCGGCAGCUUCAGCGGAGAGCCCCUCCACCGCUGCCCGCUGCCCCCACCCUGCCCCCCACACACAAGGGCACAGAUUGCCCUGACCCUCCCGUGGGUACCCAGCAAAGCUGGCAGUCCCUCUGUGUCACGGCCAGUCCACACUCAGCCAGGAGGUAGGUGGCACCCCCCCCAUGUGACAGGUGGGGAAACCGAGGCACAGAGAAGCAGCACCUUGUUCAAGCUGGGAAGUCCUGUGGGGAGGGGCAGAACCAGGAUGUUCUUGAGUUGUGACUCCAGAUACAUGGUGCGGGUGCUAGGUUGUCCUUGGGAAGUGCUCUGUGUCUGUGCAGUGACCUCAGCUCCCUGGACGAUUUGUGAGAGGUGGACAUGUUGCAAAACCCCAAUUCUCAGACUCCCAUCACCAAGGAUACAGUUAUCUUUUUCAGGUUUUUUUUGGGGGGGGGGUUGGGCUCACACCUGGCAGUGCUUAGGCCUUUCUCCUGGCUCUGCACUCAGGGAUCACUCCUGGCAGGUUCAGGGGACCAUAUGGGGUGCCGGGGAUCAAAGCCAGGUCAGUCAAGUGCAAGUCAAGCGCCCUACCUGCUGUGCUAUCACUCCGGGCCUGGGAACAUUUAUCUGAUGUAGAGAGACACAUUAGGGAAAAGAUGGGCUCAAGACCCAGCCUUUUAACUUGCGAUGAAUCGUGCUUAUCUAUUAAAGUGGGAACAUUAAUAAUCCAUGUCUCUC